CGUCAGCGCUCCGGAAGUAGGGCAAAAGUCACGGCGGAGUGUUUCACAGCAGAUCCGAAGACUUUCACACUGAUCGCUCCCGAGAAACAUCAUCAUCAUAAACAGAAAUAUCAUCUAAACAUGUCUGUGCCUUUGUCUUUCGACGGUCGAGUGGUGCUGGUGACGGGUGCCGGCGGAGGUCUGGGGAGGGAAUAUGCGCUGGCGUUCGGGAAGAGAGGAGCCGCUGUCAUCGUCAAUGAUCUGGGAGGAGAUAUUAAAGGAGGAGGCAGGAGUUCUGCGGCUGCGGAUCGAGUUGUGGAGGAGAUCAGAGCUAACGGAGGGAAAGCCGUGGCCAACUACGAUUCAGUGGAGGACGGAGAGAAGCUCAUACAGACGGCGCUGGAUGCGUUCGGACGAAUAGAUGUCGUGGUGAAUAACGCUGGGAUCCUGCGGGACCGAUCUUUCGCCCGGACCAGUGACACGGACUGGGACCUGAUUCACCGUGUGCAUCUGAGAGGCUCGUUCAUCGUCACGAGAGCCGCCUGGAACCACAUGAAGAACCAGAAGUUUGGGAGGAUCAUCAUGACGUCGUCCGCGGCCGGAAUCUACGGGAACUUCGGGCAGGCGAACUACAGCGCGGCGAAGCUGGGUCUGCUGGGUCUGUCCAACACACUGGCCAUCGAAGGCCAGAAGUACAACGUCCACUGCAACACGGUGGCGCCGACCGCAGGAUCCCGGCUCACCGAGACCGUCAUGCCUCCAGAUCUGCUGGAGUCGCUGAAGGCCGAGUACGUGGCGCCGCUGGUGCUCUGGUUGAGUCACGAGUCGUGUCGGGAGAACGGAGGCCUGUUCGAGGUCGGCGCCGGCUGGAUCGGGAAAUUGCGCUGGGAGAGGACUCUGGGUCGAACGGUGCGUCAGAAGAGCGAGAUCAUGACGCCGGAGGCUGUGAGAGACUCUUGGAACGAGAUCUGUGACUUUACUGAUGCCACUAAACCCGCCAGCAUUCAGGAGUCUCUGCAGACGCUGGUGGAGGUUCUGUCUAAACUGGAUUCUGGACGAGGAAUCGGAACCAAUCCGACCGGAGCCGCAGCGACAAACCCUUCGGAGGCCGUGGGGCACACUCUUCCGGAGAUCAGCUUCUCCUACACACACAUGAACUGUAUCCUGUACGCGCUGGGAGUGGGAAUGUCCACCGGAGACCCGGAUCACCUGCGGUUCCUGUACGAGGGAUCCCAGGACUUCUGCUGUUUGCCCACAUUCAGUGUGAUCGCGGCUCAGAGCGCCAUAACCGGCCUCAGCAGCGCCCCGGGCCUCCAGAUCGACUUCAGCAGGCUGCUGCACGGAGAGCAAUAUCUGGAGGUGUUCAAACCGCUGCCCACAUCAGGGACGCUGACGUCACGGGCCGUGGUCGCAGAUGUUCUGGAUAAAGGGUCCGGGAUGAUCGUCCUCCUCGACGUUCAUACGUACAGUGGUGGAGAGCUGGUGUGUUAUAAUCAGUUCUCGUUGUUCGUGGUCGGCGCUGGAGGGUUCGGUGGGAAGAGGACGUCCCAGAAGGCCGUGGUCACGGCUCCUCUUCCGGACAGACCCGCUGACGCCGUGAUCGUGGAGCAAACGUCUCGAGAUCAGGCGGCGCUGUACCGGCUGAGCGGAGACUGGAACCCGCUGCACAUCGACCCCAGCUUCGCCGCUCUGGGAGGAUUCGAGUCUCCGAUCCUUCACGGCUUGUGUUCGUUCGGUUUCGCCGCUCGUCACGUUCUCAAGCGUUACGCCGGAAAUGAUGUUUCCAGAUUCAAGUCCAUCAAGGUGCGUUUCGUGAAGCCGGUGUUCCCGGGACAGGCCCUGCAGACGGAGAUGUGGAAGCAGGAGAACAGGAUCCACAUCCAGUGUACGGUCAAGGAAACGGGAGCCGUGGUUCUGGCGGGAGCGUACAUAGAUUUACACGCAUCGGCGGAGGCGUCAGUCAGCGCCGGGACGCCACAGACUGAUGUUCUGCAGAGCGACCUGGUGUUCGCUGAGAUCGAGCGCAGGGUCAAAGGUCAAGGUCAGGAGCUGGUGAAGAAGGUCAACGCGGUUCUGGCCUGGGAGAUCAUGAAGGACGGCGAGAGCGCCAGACACUGGACGCUGGAUCUGAAGACGGGUCGCGGCGCUCUGACCCGAGGGGUCGCCAGAGGUCAAGCUGACGUGACCUUCACUGUGGCGGACCAGGACUUCAUGGACGUGGUGACGGGGAAACUGAACCCACAGAAGGCCUUCUUCUCUGGGAAACUGAAGGUCAAAGGGAACAUAAUGCUGAGCCAGAAGCUGGAGGCCGUUCUGAAGGACUACGCCAAACUCUGAGAUCAUCGCCA